AUGACUGAGCCAUCGAGUUCCACUACCGCAGAGCCAUCGUCUUCCGGCAAGGCUACCGAGGCCUGCGCACAGUGCAACAAGACGGAUGUGCCUCUGAAAGCAUGCAACAAGUGCCACACCACAAUGUACUGUGGCAAGGAUUGUCAGAAAGCACACUUCAAGACGCAUAAAAAGGUGUGCGCAUCUCUCGCACAGGAGUAUGUCAAGAACAACGAGCCCAAGAUGGCUAGCAGAUCGGCACCGAAGUCGGGCGACAGGUCUGCUGGGCUGCAGAAGUGGCAGGUAUGCGACGUUCUGCGGUUAAAUCUGGUCAUCGGCGCAGACGCUGACGGAGAGCAGUUCGACACCUGA